AUGGGUGAGCACACAGGAAAGUCCUCUGGUGCCCAACAAGGUACUGAGCUGCCAAUUGAAUCGUCUGGAAAAGCGAUGAACCAAACUGCUCCAAUCCCCCCUGCCCGAUUCCGUUGGGACAAACUGAGACCGGAGACAAUGACUGUUUCCGAUUACUACAAGAUUCCCAAAGGUGCACUCGACGGAUUUGCGGCUUUAUCUGGCGAUACAGCCAGCUCGCUGCUGCUAAAGGCCAGGCAAAACGAGGAAAGUCUCAACGAGGAAAGUCUCAACGCGGACAAUACCAUCCCCAUUACCACCGAAUCCGAUGGUGAUUCCAAUGACAGUGCUCAGCAAGAUGGCUACAGCCAAGAGAAGCAGAGCGGACAAGAAGCUGCCACCGUCACAGAACAGAAUGCGGAUUCUGACUGGAAGAAGAAUCCCGGAAAUCGCAGGGAGGAUUUUGACAUAGAGAAAUGUCAAAUCCAAGAAGAUCAUCCGGCUCUGGAAAAAUACCAUGAGCUGGCAAAACUCAUCAACCAGUACUACGAUGACAUCGACAAAGAUGAGGUUAAGGGCCACACCAACAAGUCUAAAUCUGAGCGUAUUCGGGCUGUCGAAAACAAGGUGUGGAGGGCCUACCUCGCCUAUGAGCACAACGGCUUUGGUAUGCCAGAGAUGAUCAUGGAUCGAUUCGUGCAUCCUUACGGCCAUGGCAAUUCUGCGAUUCUUGGAUAUACUCAAAGCAUGGGUAUAUUAUCGGAACUAGAUAUGAUGCAUGGACAUAAGAAUGACCGCCAAAUCACCUCAAGCGAUUUCGACAGUCUCAUCAGUGGCCUCAAAGGGAUGACAGAAAAGCUCGGUACCGUUCAAGAACGAAUCUCCAACUUGUUAUCAGCCUUCGCCAGCAUUGAAAAGCAGCUGCAGGAACUUCAAAAAUCUUGUUUAGCUUCACAUGAACAAGUCGACAAACUGAAAACAACCGUCAAUCAAGGUAACCAAGGUGUUGCAAACUACAAAGCCAGUUAUGGCGGUAGCAAAGCUCCCAUCGCUAAGCCUGUCUCUGUUUUCAAGGCCUCCAACUCUGGCGGCAGCAGCAACAAAGCUGCUAGCAAGGUUACAAAUGCCAAAUCCAACCCUGUUCCCAAGACCCCGGGCGCUAGUGCCAGUUGCAAGGCUACCGUUGCCAAAUCUGGCACUGGUUUCAAAUCUAUAAAAGUGAAGCCCAAUGGUAUACCCAAGACGGUUGCGGGUAUGGAAAAGAAGCGACCUCGUCCGGAAGACAGUAAUGAGGCAAGCGGGUCCAAGAAGCAAAAGACAACAAGGCUCUCUUCUCCUCUCAAGGAUUGGAUCAAAGUUGAAAAUGAAAGUGAUGCCUGA